AUGGCAACAGAUAUCCUGUACAGAACUACCACAGGGGCUUUGAACGUCUGGGGAGGAACUAAAGAUGGAAAGGAUGGAUACAUACACACCCUCGCAGUCGACUACAAAAACCGUUCUUCUAACCUCAUCCCUCCUUACGAGAUAAAAAUUAAGGCACACGACAUCAGGCAAAGCCAACCAAGGCCUACAUUUAAAGAGACCGGGUUUGAACUUACAAGUCAUAUUACAACUAUGACACCCAAAGACUUUCUCGCCCACGAAACACCCGAAGGAAAAGACCGCCUCAACAACGUCUACUUCGAGGAGUGCCGGCGUCUUGUCAUGGAGAUAACUGGAUGCGCGACAGCGGUAUACACAUCUUACCGUGUGCGGGAUGACUUUGACACGUCGGUCAGAGCUGUUCCCAAGAUGGACCAAAAGACAAAGGUCAAAGCUGAUGGUCCUCGGCCCCUUGCGCAUGUCGACCGCGAUUAUACAACAGCAUUGCAUGCUCUCAAGCUUGCCGUUGGCGAGGAGAGAGCUGAAGGGUUAGUCAAUUCCUCGAAGCGGUGGGCUCAAGUGAACGUUUGGCGGCCUUUCGGCAAUGUCUGUCAAAGGUGGCCACUGGCCUUCCUGAUGCAUGGUGACAUCCCGGACUGGGACUAUGACAAGUAUUGUGGUCGCAUCUACAACUUCAAUGACCCCAGGGUGGAAAGUCGGGGCGAGAAGUCGUACGACACGCUGCUCAAGGAGGACCCAAGAUACGUGUACUACUAUGCUAGCAACCAGAUGCCGGACGAAGCUUGGGUAUUUUCGGCCUUUGACAGUAACCCAAGCAUGUGCAUUCCUCACAGCGCCUUCUGGGAUGACAACACUCCACUUGACGCGCCUCCCCGGGCUACUAUAGAAGUUCGUUUCAUGGCGUUCUGGCCGAAGGAGGAAGCGGAACAAUAUGGACAGUAG